AUGCCUAAUAAUUUAAUUAAAAACUCAUCAUACAAUAACAAUAAAUUCACCUUUGAAUGCUUCUUUGAUUGGAUCUCGCGCGUUUAUUUUUCUAAGCCAUUGAACACGCGACAUUAUCUGAGAUCAAGAGGGGAAUCGAUUUGGUCGGUUUUGGCUGAUUUAUUACUUAAAGAAAAUGUUAGGAGUUCAAGUCCUGAUGCUUAG